UAAAUUGACAUUACGGCCGUAACGUCAAAGUGCUCAAGGUCGCAGCUGUGCGCAUGUUUUAUAAAAGUAAUUGAAAUUCAGUUAAAUAAAUUAGUCUCACAGAUUAAUGCUGAAUAGCACGUUGCGACAGUGUUCGCGUUAUCUGAACAAGAUGGUGCCUGAAGUCGUAUUCGUGUUGGGAGCGCCAGGCUCCGGCAAGGGAACUCAAUGCUCGUUUAUUUCUAAAGAAUAUGACUUCGUACAUCUGUCUGCGGGCGACUUGCUGCGCGAGGAGCGGCAGCGUCAGGGCUCCGAGUACGGGGAGAUGAUUGAGCAGAAAAUUCGCAACGGAGAAAUAGUACCGGUUGAGGUUACGUGUUCAUUGCUGCACAAGGCCAUGCAGAAGUCAGGCAAGUCGCGCUUCCUCAUAGACGGCUUCCCGCGCAACAAGGACAAUUUGGACGGGUGGGAACGAGUCAUGUCAGACAAAACCAAGUUACUGUUCGUAUUGUUCUUCGAAUGUUCCCGGGAUUUGUGCACUGAGCGGUGCCUCGGACGCGGCGCGGCGGGCAGCGGCCGCUCCGACGACAACCUGGAGAGCUUGCAGAAGAGGUUCAACACUUAUCUGAACGACACCAUGCCUAUCAUACAGCAUUACGAUCAGCUGGGGCUUGUCAGGAGAAUUAAUGCAGAGGUGGGACCCCAACAAGUGUUUGAAGAUGUUAAAAAAGUAUUUAAUAAAUCCGACAUGAGUAGGAUAGCUAAUUAAUUUAUGUAACUGUAAGUAGUCCAAUGUCCUUCUGAAGGAUUGUUGUCUUGUGCUAGGCAUAUUUAUGUAUGUAUAAAUAAAUCAGCUUUAAUGUCCUGAAUUAGCAUUUAUGACGGAGAGAAACAAAACCACCUGAAUUAUGUAUAGUACACAGUUACCUUGUAUUUGUAAUACAUUUGUUUAUUGUAUUUAAUACCUCUUCAGGAUAUAAACUUAAUUGCUUACAAUGGCCUUCAUGUUUAAAAGGAAAAUUUUAAUGUCUUGUGUAUAUGUUAACUGUAUUGUGAAAUAUCUGCAGUGAGGUUAAUCUAAUAAAUGAUAGAUAAAAGCCAAGUCAUCAUAACAGGCAAAUUAAAAAAAAUUGUGUGUAAAAAAUAUAUUCUAAUAAAUAAUAUUUUGGUGUGACAUUUAUUUGGUAAAUACAAAUUAUGUAAACUAAACUGAAUUAUUUAUGUAACAGAAACAUUUAAGAAUCAUUAUUUUAUUACCAUUAAUCGAUAGUCAUACUGAUAAAAAUAUCUAGUGAAGUGACAUCACUGAUAAAUCAUACAUAAUGUGGGAAAAUUUAAAACCACCUAUGUGCAGUGUGAAGAUUGUAAAUAUUACAACAUAUUGCAUUGAGCUGAUAUUUUUUUAACGGCUUCUAUAAAAUUAGUAAAAAUACUGUAAUUUGUUUGAGUGACUGCAGUGGCAAUAUGGUGGCAUGAUGGACAUUAUUUAUAAUGAUAAAAGGCAACGGACCCAGUAUCAGAGGGUCCCAAAAUAUUGUUAAAUUUACAUCUUUUAUUUAAGGACCUUAAGAAAAUCACAGGAGAAAGAUAUAUGCAGGUACAACUUCAGUUACGCCACUGAAAGAAAGAAUAACUUAAAAGACAAAAAAUUGUUAAUUAAUAGAAUUUGAAAAAAGGAAACACUAUAACUGGCGUGUAUAAAUAAAAAUAUAUAUUUUUUAAUUAAGGCACUCUCCCGAGUAUGCGAACUUGAGCAUUGGUUCCAUACAUUUACUCACACGAGUUACGGCCGAAAAUAUGCAAUGAUUUAAGAAUUAUUCGUAAAAAACAAUUUUAGGUGUUUGUCUAAAUUCUGAACUUCAAUAAUGUUGCUUAUUAAAUCUAAUAGUUAUAAGAAUACGAUGUUUUAUUUUUUCUAUAUGUAUUAUAAAUAUCAAAUAGAUCGCUUUUAAAAGUUUGCGCACUGUUUUGCUGGGGACACCGCCUUUGGUAAAUAUGAUUUGAGAGCCUCUAAGAAAAGAGCUUAGUCCUAAAUUAAAACAUGCUACUCAUUAAUGAUUCCCCCGAUUUGUGAUUUUAAUCGACAGUGAUCCUUUACUGUUAGGCUACUAAAGGAUAGCUCCUUCUUAAAAUAAAUAGUUAAUAACAUAAUCAUUUAUUCAUGUUAUAAUGUCAAUAGUUAUAAUAUUAUUCAUAGGUACUACAAUAAUGUGCAGAUGCUUUAAUUAAACAGGAUCCAAAAGUU